CUUGAAGCGUCCAGCCAGGACAGCUUGCAAAUUACAAACUCUCGGGGAGGACCAGAGAUAUAUAAAUUAUUACUGUUGUUGUUAUUAUUUUUCUGCGAGUCUUUGUCUUUGAGGUUUUGCGGUCCCGCGUGAGCCGUCCCCGCACGCUCCGGUCCCGCCUCCCGAGCGAGCCCCGCUCCAGCCGCUCCCGGUGCCACCUGUGCGCUGCGGCGCGGCCCCGGCUCUCCCGAGCCCCCUUUUGUCCGGCGGCGGCCCCCCCACGUGAGAAGUCCUCCUGGCGGGGCUCGGGGUGGUGGGGGGCGGGGAGAUGAACGCUGCAGCCAGCAGCUACCCCGUGGCCUCCCUGUACGUGGGCGACCUGCACUCGGACGUCACCGAGGCCAUACUGUACGAAAAGUUCAGUCCGGCGGGGCCUGUGCUGUCCAUCCGGGUCUGCCGGGAUAUGAUCACCCGCCGCUCUCUGGGUUAUGCCUACGUCAACUUCCAGCAGCCAGCUGACGCCGAGAGGGCCUUGGACACCAUGAACUUCGAUGUGAUUAAGGGAAAGCCAAUCUGUAUCAUGUGGUCUCAGAGAGAUCCCUCUUUGAGAAAAUCUGGUGUGGGGAAUGUCUUCAUCAAGAACCUGGAUAAAUCUAUAGACAACAAGGCCCUUUAUGAUACUUUCUCUGCCUUUGGAAAUAGUCUGUCCUGCAAGGUGGUGUGUGAUGAGAAUGGUUCUAAGGGUUAUGCCUUUCUCCACUUGGAGACCCAAGAGGCUGCUGACAAGGCCAUCGAGAAGAUGAAUGGCAUGCUCCUCAAUGACCGCAAAGCGUUUGUGGGCAGAUUCAAGUCACGCAAAGAGCGUGAAGCUGAGCUUGGAGCCAAAGCCAAGGAAUUCACCAAUGUGUACAUCAAAAACUUUGGAGAAGAGAUGGAUGACGAGAGCCUGAAAGAGCUAUUCAGCCAGUUUGGUAAGACCCUCAGUGUCAAGGUGAUGAGAGACCCCAGUGGGAAGUCGAAAGGCUUUGGCUUUGUGAGUUAUGAAAAACACGAGGAGGCCAAUAAGGCUGUAGAAGACAUGAAGGGAAAAGAGAUCAGUGGGAAAGUUAUAUUUGUAGGCCGUGCACAGAAGAAAGUAGAACGUCAGGCUGAAUUAAAACGGAAAUUCGAGCAGCUGAAACAGGAGAGAAUUAGUCGGUACCAGGGAGUAAAUCUCUACAUUAAGAACUUGGAUGACACCAUUGAUGAUGAGAAAUUAAGGAAAGAGUUUUCUCCAUUUGGAUCAAUCACCAGUGCUAAGGUAAUGCUGGAGGAUGGAAGGAGCAAAGGGUUUGGCUUCGUCUGCUUUUCAUCUCCUGAAGAGGCAACCAAAGCAGUCACUGAGAUGAACGGACGCAUUGUAGGCUCCAAGCCACUGUACGUUGCCCUGGCCCAGAGGAAGGAGGAGAGAAAGGCUCACCUGACCAACCAGUACAGGCAGCGUGUGGCCGGGAUGAGAGCGCUCCCUGCCAGUGCCAUUUUAAAUCAGCUCCAACCUGCAGCUGGCGGCUACUUUGUGCCAGCAGUUCCACAGGCCCAGGGAAGACCUCCAUAUUACACACCUAACCAGUUAGCACAGAUGAGGCCUAAUCCACGCUGGCAGCAAGGUGGGAGACCUCAAGGCUUCCAAGGGAUGCCAAGUGCUAUACGCCAGUCUGGGCCUCGUCCAGCUCUUCGCCAUCUGGCUCCAACUGGUAAUGCUCCGGCCUCUCGUGGCCUCCCUACUACCACUCAGAGAGUCGGUGUUCCCACAGCCGUGCAGAACCUUACGCCUCGUGCUGCAGUUGCUGCUGCUCCUCGGGCUGUGGCCCCAUACAAGUACGCCUCCAGCGUCCGCAGCCCUCACCCUGCCCUCCAGCCUCUGCAGGCACCUCAGCCUGCAGUGCACGUGCAGGGCCAGGAGCCCCUGACUGCCUCCAUGCUGGCCGCUGCGCCCCCCCAGGAACAGAAGCAGAUGCUGGGGGAACGUUUAUUCCCUCUUAUCCAAACAAUGCAUGCCAAUCUGGCUGGAAAGAUCACAGGAAUGCUGCUGGAGAUCGACAACUCGGAGCUGCUGCACAUGCUGGAGUCCCCAGAGUCUCUCCGCUCCAAGGUGGAUGAAGCUGUAGCAGUUCUGCAGGCUCAUCAUGCCAAGAAAGAAGCUGCCCAGAAGGUGGGCGCGGUCGCUGCUGCUACCUCCUAGACAAGGGAAGGAAGAUGAGUCAGAAGCCAAAUAACCCCUCAUGGAAUUCAGCUCAAGGUUUGAAGACUUCCUAGCUUGUCCUAUGGACCUCAACACCAAGAAACAGAAGUUGCAAAUUUAAUAGGUCAUUUUGUAUCAAAAGGUCAAUUAUGAAGCACCUAGAAUUUUUCAAUUAUAAGAAUAUAUUCUCUGGGUUCUACUUUGGCCCAGUAUUAACUUUUUUUUUUUCUAUUGUGGGUUUUGAUUAUUCCCACCCCCAGAAAUUGGUUUUGAUGUACCCAAGUCUUAAGUUUCUCAA